CCCAUGCGGCGUCACUUCCUCCGCCCCUGUUUCAAGGGAUAAGAAACCCUGCGCCGAAUCUUCCUCCUUUCCCAGGCGGCUGUCGAAGAUGGCGGAGGGGCAGGUCCUGGUGCUCGAUGGCCGAGGCCAUCUCCUCGGCCGCCUGGCGGCCAUCGUGGCCAAACAGGUGCUUCUGGGCCGGAAGGUUGUAGUCGUGCGCUGUGAGGGCAUCAACAUUUCUGGCAAUUUCUACAGAAACAAGCUGAAGUACCUGGCCUUCCUCCGCAAGCGCAUGAACACCAACCCAUCCCGUGGUCCGUACCACUUCCGAGCACCCAGCCGCAUCUUUUGGCGGACAGUGCGAGGCAUGCUGCCGCACAAGACCAAGCGAGGCCAGGCUGCCCUGGACCGGCUCAAGGUGUUCGAUGGGAUCCCGCCGCCCUACGACAAGAAAAAGCGGAUGGUGGUUCCUGCUGCCCUCAAGGUGGUGCGCCUGAAGCCUACACGGAAGUUUGCUUACCUGGGGCGCCUGGCUCAUGAGGUUGGUUGGAAGUACCAGGCAGUAACAGCCACCCUGGAGGAGAAGAGAAAGGAGAAGGCCAAAAUCCAUUACCGGAAGAAGAAGCAGCUCAUGAGGCUACGGAAACAGGCUGAAAAGAACGUGGAGAAGAAAAUCGAUAAAUACACAGAGGUCCUCAAGACCCAUGGACUCCUGGUCUGAGCCCAAUAAAAUUGACUGUUUAUUCCUCA